AUGCGUUCUGGAGAUCGAACAGAGGGAGACCGAGCAGAGGAGAUAGACCGAGCAGAGACCGAGCAGAGAUCGACCGGAGACCGAGCGGAGAUCGGGCGGAGACCGAGCGGAGAUCGGGCGGAGACUGAGCGGAGAUCGGGCGGAGAUCGGGCGGAGAUCGGGCGGAGACCGAGCGGAGAUCGGGCGGAGAUCGAGCGGGGGAGAUCGAGCGGAGGAGAUCGACCGGAGAUCGAGCAGAGGGAGAUCGACCGGAGACCGAGCAGAGAUCGACCGGAUGGAGAUGGGAGAUCGACCGAUGGAGAUGGGAGAUCGACCGGAGACCGAGCAAAGGGAGAUCGACCGGAUGGAGAUGGGAGAUCGACCGGAGACCGAUGGGAGAUCGAGCAGAGGGGAGAGGGGAGAUGGGAGAGAGCAGAGGGAGAUGAGAGAUGGGAUCGAGUGAGAGAUGGGAUCGAGAGACUGAUGGAGGGUCGGUGGCAUCGGCUGUAA